AAUGAGAAGGAAAAAAGUGCCCUCACUAAAGAGAAGGUGCUUAAGAAGAGACAGUCUCUACCCAGCAUGAGACACAGACCUGAUCCAAGUCCCAGUCCUUUAUCAAGACAACGGCCAUCAUCCCCAGCCACGCCUAAGGGCAGAACUGCCUCUCCAAGCCCAGCUGCCUCACCCAAGCCUCCAUCAGCACGUGGAAGCCCGUCAACUCCUAAAAGUCGGCCCAAAAGAGCCAGGACCCCUGCCAGGAUAGACCACCGCACCUCCUCCCCCGCCCCCCUUGAAAGAGUGAAGGAGCCUCGGAGGCCCGCCACUCCAGAGGAAAGAAAGAGUUCCCCUGUGCUUCCUGCCAUCGUAGUCUCCUCAGCCGCUGCCUCACCCCACACAUCAAGCACGCCAGUUACGACCACUGCAGCCUCCCACUCACCUGAACCAGCCAAUUCAGCUCCUUCUGUCCCUGCAGUAUCACCUGCACCAUCUCCAUCAGCCAAGCCCAUGGCGGGUACAAACAACCCAGAGGAGGCAGCUCGCAUCCUGGCAGAGAAACGCCGACAGGCCCGAGAGCAGAGGGAGAGGGAUGAGCAGGAACGCCGUGAACAGGAGGAGAAAGAGAGGAUCCUGAGAGAGGAGCGAAUAGCGAGGGAGGCAGAGGAGAGGCAACGCAGGGAGGAGGAGGCCCGUGCCAUGGCCGAGGAGCAGCGGAGGAGGGACAAAGCCCAGCGCCUGCAGGAGGAGCAGGAAGCUCAGGAGAGAGCCAAAGCUGAGCAGGAGGAGAACCUACGCCUGCAAAAACAGAAAGAAGAGGCUGAGGCUAAGGCCCGGGAGGAGGCAGAGAAGCAGCGUCUGGAGAGGGAGAAACACUUCCAGAAGGAGGAGCAGGAGAGGCUGGAGAGGAAAAGGCGUCUGGACGAGAUCAUGAAGAGGACACGCAAGACAGAUGGAGGCGACAAGAAAGAGACAAAGUCCUCCCCUCUCACACACGUCAAUGACAAAGAGGCAGAGGGCAGCAAAGCAUCUGCUGAAUAUCAGCCAAAGCCAGAGGUCAACCUGCCCAAUAACAAGACAGAAAAUGGACAGACCAACGUGAAUGAAAGCAGCCCCUCAGUCCAAGUGGUCAAUGGGGUCCAGCCUACGAGACAUGAAAAUGGUCUAUCCUCUAAAGGAGACACUUCCCACUUUGGAGAUAUCAUCCAUCUCACGAAUCAUGGCAACACCACCAACGGAGCACGCAAUAAGUCUGACACCAGCAUGGCCACCGAGCCGAUCCUCACAUUUGAAAGUGAGGAGUCAUUCAUGAAGAAGGCAGGCCCCAUAAAGGCCCAGCAUGUUGCAGGUACAAUGCACAAGAGAGGCCACAAAAAUUAUACAAACCUUGUAAGGAAAACAAACAUGAUACAGUGAAUUUCACAGCUGGUGAGCCUGUGCAGAAAAGGUCAGGUCACUCCUUGUAAUGAUGUGAGUUUGUGGAAUGACCAGGAGACUACUGCCCAAGGAUGUGCUAGAAGUAUUUCUUGCCCGGGCCGGACUUUAGGAACUCACUGCUUUAGUUUUCUGUUCUGUUAAAAAAAUAAGCUAUAGCAUGUUUAUUUUUAUUUUUUUUUUAAUCUCUGGGUAGAGCCAGGCUAGCCGUUUCUCACUGUUGUGGCUGUAGCCUCACAUUUGAGAAUGGUAUUGAUCUUUUCACCUUACUUUCAUCAAAAAGGCAAA